AUGCUUCUACCCUACAUGAAUCCGCGCAACAAUCCUCCAGAUCCGACGCAGUCGCAAGCAAUGGACGAAAGCAGCGCGAAGUCCCUCAUCGCCGGCACCGCAUCUCUUUCACUUGGCGAUGACGGCCCGCCAGACUCACCCAGCUCAUCAUGCUCGCCAUCACACGAGCCGCCCGCGGACUCCUCGUCCUCAUCGCCCGCCGACACCCACGCCGAUGACGCGGACCCAGUCGCUGAAGCGAUCCGUCUCCGCACCGCCUUCUUCCGCGCUGCCGUCUUCCUGCAAGAUGCGUACACCAUCUGGCGCGAGCACACGUACGACCAUUCCCUCGUCCCGAUAAUGGUGAGCGGCGACGACUACAACAACAGCAACGAUAGCAGCAGUGACACGGCGACAGGAAAGCAGGAGAAGACGAAGACGAAGAAGAAUAUGCAGAUCCAUCUCGUUCACGACGCGGACAUGGAGGUGUACGAUGAGCCUUGGGAGCUGUGUGAGAUGUCGCUGUUCGAUUUCCCGUACGACAAAAUGCCGAAUGAGAUGGCGAGGGAGGCACUGUUGGCGACUUGCAUGUGUGAGGACGCCGCGGUGGUUAUGGCGAGGAUGAUUGAGAGGGUUUUGGGGCCGAUAUCCGAAAUCUCCGUCGAGACGGUCGACGAGCCGCCGCUCACCAUGCACCUCAUCGAGGACAACCCUGCUUCCUCGCGCCACGGCAUGCCGGACCCAGCCAUCCUGAACCACUACGCCCACCACAUCCGGCUGGCCCUUCCGGGCGGCCUCACCGAGGAAUACGCCUUCGACAUCACCUCCGCGCAGUACGGCUGGGGACCUUCCUAUUCCUCUUCCUCGUCGGAGUCGACUUGGUCCGCCUCGAACCCGCCCUGCCCCCUCGUCUCCUGGCAAACAUACGUCACGUCCCGCAUCCGCGUCCUAUGGUUCGGCGUCCCUGCCUACUCCCUCCGCGUCCUCGACGACGCGUACGUCGUGCUCGGUCUCCGCGUCGGUGGCGGUCGUGAUGGUAGUGGGCAUGCCGCUGCUGCCAUGUCAUCAGCGCCUUUACCUUCUUCCUCGUCCCCAUCUUCAUCACCCUUCCCAUCAUCAUCACUAACGAACGAAGAGAAACGCGACAUCGUCUGGUGGUCCCUCAACCGCCACUUGGACACCCUCUUCGCCGCCUGGGAAGACGACCACCGCGGCAGCCGCCUGGCCGACUGGGCCUGUUCGACUGGUCCGGACGGAGAGGCCGUCUGGCAGGCGGAGCGGGCGGAUGCGUUGGCGUGGUUGGAGCGCGGGGUGAGGGGGCUUAAGAGGGGAGUUCGGGACGCGGUUGUGGCGUACGGAGGUGUGGUCGGCGAAGAGGAGGCGGAGGAGGUGAGGGUGAGGGUAAGGGAGUGGGCGAGCGUGUGCUGGCCUGGGCUGGAGGAGGUGAUGGCGCGCGGGUUCGAGAGGGGGUGGGUUGGGGUGAGGAAUGGGUUUUGGGCGGUGAGGGAGGAGGAGGAGAGGAGGAGGUUGGGGUUUGAGUGA